UAGUUUGUGGGGGUGGAUAUUUAGUUCAAGUGUUUGUUAUGGCGUCGUCGGAUCGAAAUCGAAAGCUAAUAUUGGUCUCCGGAUUCGGACCAUUCCUCGGCCACGAAACCGUAAAUGCAAGCUGGGAGGCUGUGAAACUUCUUCCGGAGGUCCUUACCCACAAUGGCGUAGAAUACGAUCUAGAGAAGCGCUUGGUUGCCGUGGAAUACGCUGCUGUGGAUGAGGCUGUGACGGAGAUAUGGAAACGCCAGCCAGAUCUGGUCAUACAUGUCGGCGUUUCGGGCAUCGCAAAGUGUGUCUACGUAGAGAAGCUGGCAUAUAAUCACAAGUUCAUAAGAGGCGAUAAUUCUGGAGAAAAACUGCCCAACGGAAGUAGCGAACUCCCGAACAAUGGACACGCCAAUGUCUUGCGAACUGAGCUCGAUGUGGAUAAGAUUGUGACGGCUGUAAAUCAGCAAUGCGACGAGUGUGUGGCCCCCAUAAAAGCCCCCCAUUAUGAUAAUCUCAAGCCCCUGGGCGCAACGAAGGCUUCCAAAAACGUGGGCAACUUUCUUUGCGGCUAUAUCUAUUUGAAAUCCCUCGAUAUGGACAAAAAACGGAGUCUGUUCGUUCAUGUACCGCCAAUAAAUAAACCAUUUAGCAGUGAAAAAACCGCUGAGAUAGUAUUUGCCAUAGUUCAACAAUGCGUUCAACAGGUGGCUGAAUGUGACUCCUGAAUUCCGCAUUUUUUAUGCAUUUUAUUGUAUUCUUCCGUCUUUAUUCAAUGUUAAAUUGACAAUUAAUGUGAGUAAUGUUGUUUAAUAAAUGAGUUUUAUUUAUAUUAUUAA